UGCACGACGGGUACAGUAAAUUCAAGAGAGAAGAGGUUUCCAAGGCCUAGAAACAGUGAAAAUAUAUUUCAAACAGCUGCUGAUUUCUUAUUUCAAUGACACAGUUUAUGGCGAUGUGUAAACAGGAUGUAGGACUAGUCUUUUAUUUCAAUCUUAGUGCACUUGGUUGUCUGACAUUAUGGCGAUAAAAGGAAAAGAUUUUAAGAAGGCUGUGACUUUUAUCAAGGAGUUUCUCUUGAAACUACCUGAAGAUGAGGAUUGUGCCGAACUUCGAGAUGGGUUCAAUCUCGUGUUACUGCACAUGAAGAAAUACUUCAAAACAGUGUGGCUACGAAUGCAAGAACGUCAGUCUAGUACGAAACUACAGUCGUCUGGUUCCAUGUCACGGGCUCUCAGUCCAUUGACUCCUUAUCAAGAUGCCCCAGACCAGUUCCAAUGGAAAUGGGUGGAUUUACAUAGUCAGAAAGGACUUUCAAAGAGUUUACCGUCGGAUGGUAUACAGACGAUGUCCCUUAUACUACAAGCUGCCAAAGAGGGUGAUGUUGAGCUAAUUAAUCAACUGUUGGAAAAAGAUACAAAUCGUAAGGAUGAUGUGGAUGCAUUGGGGAGGACUGCUCUUAUGUAUGCAGUUCAUUUUAAACAAAAUGAAUGUGUCACAGCUCUCUUGGACCAUCAGGCUGAUGUUAAUACUCAAGCCAAUGAUGGCUCAACUGCAUUGCACAGAGCAGUGUAUGAUAAUAAUUACACAGCUUUAGAAAUCCUGCUUCAAUACAAUCCGGCUGUUACAAUCCAAGAUUGCUAUGGGCGAGCACCGGUCCAUUGGGCAUCCAUGGUCGAGUCCAGUGCCAAUAUGGAGCUCCUAUUAAGGACUGACAUUGAUGUGAAUGCGAGGGACCGAGAUGGACUAACACCGGCGAUGUGGGCAUGCCGCAUGGAUAAUACUAGACACCUUGACCUGUUAUUAAAUUGUCCGAGUAAUAAGGUUGAGGAGACUGAUGGAAUAGAGCGAGAUAUAGGGGGAAGGACAUGGAUACAUUGGGCAGUGAGGCGUACAGAACCAAUGGAAUGUCUAAAGAAAUUAAUAACUCCAGAUACAGUUGCUAUAAGGGACAAUGAGGGUAAAACAGUACUACAUGUAGCAGCAGAACAAGGGUCUAUGGAAGCAUGCAAAAUUAUCUUACAUAUGGUUGGCAAGUCAUGUUUAAAGGAAACCGAUAACAUACAUAGAACGUGCCUGCAUCUAGCUGUCAUCAGUGGACACGGAGAAGUUGUCAACUUCUUGUUAGAAGAAGGAGCAAAUCUUGAAUACAGAGAUACAUAUGAUGCAACAGCAAUGGACUAUGCCAGUAAUAAGAACCUCCACUACUGUUCACUUAUAUUGAAUUCAUUCUUCAAACAUAAAAACAAACGGAAACAAAGGAAGAAAGAAAACCAGAACCAAGUUGUACCUGAAGCUGAUGGUAGAGCAGUUGGAAUUUCUGAUGAUAGGAAUAAUAUAGGACAGCGAAAAUUGUCUAAUGAAAACCCUGAAAUAAAUAACAAUAGUGCAAUAUUUUCAAGAGAUGUUUCACCACUACCUGGUGAAAAACUACCAAAGCCACCUGGAAAACCUCGUCCAUUGGGUCGUAAAAUAACACCACCUUCAAUCAGAGCCUUUCCAGGUGAUUCCGUAGUGGUGACCGAAAAAGACGAGGAAGAACUGGUCUCGGGGACACCAUCUGCUCCUCCUAUUGAGAUGGAAGAUGUAAAUGAUGUCGAUUUUGCUGACAUGUAUCCUGAAGAUGAUCCCAAUAGAACUGAUGCUGAUAUGGCAGGGGAUGUUAAUGAGCUCAGGCCUAGUAGGAGUACUGAUCUUCCUAUAGUGACUGAAAUGAAUGAAGAUGGUGAUACACCUUCCAGGAAAGGAAGCGGUUUGGCGCAGCGGGAACUGUUUGGUUUUCCAACCUCGAGGACUGGGCUUCAAUCCCUCAGCAUGAAUUUCGUUUGUGUCCUUGAGCAAGGCACUUCAUCUGCAUUCCUUCUCUCCACUCAGGAUUAUAAGUGGCCCAUGCCGACUGGUCAAUCAGCACAUGUAGUCAUCACACCUGCAAUUCAAGUACAACCGCCAUACCCUCCGUCAUCGCCUCCAGUGAGAAUCUUUCAACCCCAGAUGCUCAAUCAACAGCAAGUUACUUCAAACCCGAUACCAUUAGCUCCUAGUUCGAUGUCAUCACCCACUACCCAGGUGCCACCACCCCAAAACCAGAUAACUAUGCAUUCCAUGGAAAUGAAACCAACCCCAAGCCCUAGAACCCAACUACCAGGCAGUGGUGGUCCACUAGGUCCAGCCCCUUUACUCCAGGGCAAGAUGCAACCACUAGCCCAACGUCCACUUUUACCUCUUGAUGGUCAGCCAUUGGGCAAACAGGGUAAACAUGGCAAGAAGAAGAAGAAGAAACGUAGUGCAAGUGAGGGCGCACUUGCCAUAGGCCCACUGAAAGCUAGUACUAUUGAACCUAUCAAUGGUAGUGGUGUUGGUGGCAGAGUGCUUGGUGGUAUCACCAGUCCUCUACAACCACCAGGCUCACCUCGUUCCCAGCCUAAACAACACCAGCCAGCAGUGGCCAGGCCUCCAGGCUCUCAAGACAGCUCCCCAAGAUCAAACAGUUCAUGGGAGGUGGCAUGGGAACCCCAGGUACGCCCAUCAGCACCUGCACCACCCAUCACACCAAGGGAGAGUAGGGAUACCAGUCCGAGGCAUUCCGAAAUGCCCAAUCUGAUUCCAAACGCAGGUAGAAGAGGCAGGUCCCAUUCAACCAAUGAGAUAGACACUGUGCCUAUAUCAUCACAGAGAACUAUCGAUCUCAAUAGCAGGGAUGCCACAGGUCGCAGACAUGAUGGACAGUCAGGAUUCAACUCACAAGGACGCCCUCACUCAGGUAACACUGUAUCCUUACCAAGGAAACCAGGAAACAGAAACAUGACCUCAGGCCUGCCUGCUCCACAACAACCUGGUCCUAGGCCUUUGGGGAUUUGAGCAGGUUAUUUGACCAAGAACCUCAAAAAUAUAAUUUAAACUUAAUAAACUCCAUUGUUUGCUGAAAUUAUCAUGUUUAUAAUUAGGUUAAUGAUUAAAGUUUGCCUCAGGGAUUGUUGUAGAAAUGUAUAUGAUAAGGAUUGUCACCUUGAUUAGAGUUACAAAGUACACAAAAGAUCAAAUUGUUUUAAAAUCGUAUAGAUUGUAUAGCUCUGGUAUUAUUAGUUAAAGAAUGUGAUAGUCUAUUGCUAGGUGUAUAGAUUCAAAAUUGUGAGUGGUUGGUGCAGAUUACUAUAUCUCAUGAAUAUUUCAUUGAUCAAUUCCACUCAAUACAGUAUUUCACUUACUUCCUGUAUAAUAAAAUAAGAAUCUAUUCAAAUGUUAAAAAAAACUAAGUAAAUUUAAGUAUUUAAAUGCAUACUUCAAAGCCAGGCACACAGCAUCACAAAACCAUUGGCCAGAAAAAUCAGUCUCUGCGCUGUGUAUGGACUUGACAACGCCACAGACACUACAGUAUAUAUGCUGUCUGCUGAUUGGUGGCAGACUGACAAAUUUUCUUUAAAAAGCGAUGCAUUACGUGCCCCAGUCAUUGGGUUUUGUUCUCCAUUGAAUUGCAGUCGGUACCAGGCUCAUAUUUAUUAGAACCCUUACGCCCUCUCCAGACUAUCAAAUAUUAUUUGAUAAAAACAUGACAUGUGAUCAUAAUGACAUCACAUCAAAAGUUGUGAUCCCAUCCCCGAAACCUUGACUCAAAAAUACCGGGAUGGUGUCCAGGCGGUGGAUAGUUUCUACCAUAUUUACCUAUUUAAGUAAUUGUACAGUAUUUGUCCUACCUUGUAAUCCCGGCUCCAAAACCUUGACCCAGAAAUACCGGGUUGGUGUCCGGCGGGGGAUAGUUUUUACCAUAUUGUAGUUAAGUUAUGUAGUUAAGCUUAACCUUGAGCACUAAUUUCUGGCCCCGAAACCUUGACUCAGAAGUACCGGGUUGGUGUCUGGCGGGGGAUAGUUUUCCACCAAAUUUUUUAAUAUUGUUUAUUUUAUUGUAUUGUGCUGGUUACAUUUUGUUAGUUGUUAUUGUACAGUGUUUUUGCAGGACCAUAUUGUAAAACAGCGGUAAGAUCUCGCCUGUAUUAUAUGUCAUCCUGCCAAAACAAAAGAUGUUUUGAAUAAAAUAAAAUAAAUAAAUAAAUAAAAAUAAAAUAAAAAAUAAAUAAAAAAUAAAAUAAACAUGACCAUAUAUAGGCACAUCAUGACUAUAUAUGGGCAUAAAACAAAUUUUUGUCAAAUAAAAUUUCAUAGUCUGGCUUUAUUUUUUGUAUUUGAAACAAGCAUGUUGGAGAAAGUUCCAAAGUGAAGCUUUGGUACUAAAAGUGCGAAUGCAUUUUACUAAAGUAUUCUUAUAUUAUCUCCUGUCACUAGAUCUAGACAUCUAGACUUAACCCAAAUCUAAAAAUAAAUAUUAUAAACCAAUCACUCAUGGAAAAACAUUUUCAACAAGCAUAGCAGGAUGUAUAUGUGUUCAAUGUAAAUAAUCAUGUGAUGACAGCGGUUUUCAGAAGCCAUUUGAAUUGUGUUCAUUUUUAUUUUCUUGUUAUAUAUUAUUACGAAUAAUUUUAAAUUGAAGCUAAAUUUAGCAUUGUACAGUAGUAAGUUAUUAUGAAACACAAGAUGAUGUAUAUUUGGAGAUAUAUAUAUUGUAUUACAAUGAAUAUUUAUAUAUAUAUUACUGUACAGUUUUGUAAGCUUAUCUGUGUGUGUGUUUUGCCAUUAGCUAAGAGAUUAAGGUAUUAUGAGGUACCUGAUAUCUCAUAUAUGUAUACAGUGUGUGAUGUUUAGUUAAGUAGAUUUAUGACAUAUCUCGAUACAAUUUUAUGAUAGACAUAUCCUAGUUAAUUCUGUUUAAUGUAACUCUUGCAUCAGGAGGAUGCCAAUUAAAGAUAUUGCCAAAACCUGAA